AUGUCGGCCGGUAUUCCUGUUAGGCUCUUAAAUGAGGCACAGGGUCAUGUUAUAUCCAUAGAGUUGACUACUGGAGAUGUUUAUCGAGGAAAAUUGCUUGAGAACGAAGAUAAUAUGAACUUGUCUUUGUAUGAUGUCGUGAUAACAAAAGGCAGAACAGGAGCCACAUCCUAUAUGAAUCAGGUAUUUGUAAGAGGAUCUAUGAUACGAUUUAUUACGGUGCCAGAUAUUUUAAAGAAUGCUCCGAUGUUUUUUAUGAAACCUGGCGACAAGCCUAAACCUCCAGUAAGGGGUCCACCACCAAAGAGAACAAAAUAUUAA